AUGGCCUCUGGAAACGAGAAGAAAGCUGCCCCCGCGACGAAGGACUCGCCCUCCACCAAAUCAUCCAAGAUGCACCGACGGUCGAGAUCAGGCUGCUUCACAUGUCGUCUGCGGCGCAAGAAGUGUGACGAAGGGAAGCCCAAAUGCAAGGCAUGUAGACACUUGGGCCUUGACUGCGAAUACAAGCGACCCCAUUGGUGGAGCAACAAUGAGACUCGGAGGAAGCAGAAAGAGCACAUCAAGACCAUCAUCAAAAGAACAAAGACAAGUGAGAAGAAUUCGAGUACUCAAAGUCAAUAUGCUCUGAACAAUGGCGCACAAUCCUACUCGGAGGACUCACAAGACGAAUACGACACUACCUUCGACCCGUCCUUUGCGACCACUCCAGGCCUCUUUGACCCGUAUGGCCCCAAUAUCUACAUGCCUCCCGACCCGUAUGGGCAAACGAUCCCCUGGGAAGUGGAUGUCAAGACGGAGCGCCACACCUAUGUCAACGACGAACUUACUCGUCGCGACUCGUCGAUAUCAACCUUCAGCACCUUCUACCCCCCGCCUGCUCAUGCGACUUUGCCAUCGUACACUGGAGACGACUGGGUACAGCAAGACAUCUUCGAGAGCCGACAGGACUCUUGGACCGAGGGUGAUUUCGAUUUCAACAACCUUGACCUGCCCCAUAUUGCACAUCAAUUCGAACCGCAAUGCUCCCUGGUCCAACUCGAGGAGUGCGACCAACCACUGUUCGAACACUUGCUCCAAAACGUGCUGCCGCUGCUGUUCCCCGUCCAGGAGGCCUACCAACACGGAUCGGUUCGCUCAAAUGUGAUAUUGCCUUCGCUCGAAAACAACAAGGCAUAUCUGCAUUCCUGUCUUCUGGCUGCAGCUACCCACAUGAAGGGCAACAGGCAAUUUCUGAGCAACACUGCGGACGACGAUGCGAUGCGCCACAAGCUUGCAUUCGUGACGAUCGUGGUCGAGGCCCUCAAUAGUGAUAGCCAGCACAGCGAGAUGCUCGAUGCCCUGCUCGGAAUGAUUUCGAUGCAAGGCUGUGUCGGCUCGGCUCUGGAGCUUGAGAAGGAGCUGAUUCCCUGGCACCAGCACUUCCAGGCUGCAGCGGACAUCGUGCAGAAGCUCAACCUCCCGCAGAACUUGGAGAGCAAUGCCACGACAGGAGGUUAUCCGCCGUUCAACAUGAGUCUGACAGCAUGGAUCGACAUACUCGGUGCGACGAUGCUCGGCAAGGCCCCGCGAUUUUCGCACACCUACCGGAACAUGUUCUUCGCGGGCGCGUCGACGGGACUUGAGAGAUUAAUGGGCUGCAACGACUACGUCAUGUACCUUCUGUCGGAGGUGGCGUGUCUCGACUCGCUCAAGGUCGAGGGCAAACUGGACGACAUCGGAAUGUGUAGCCACAUCACCUCGUUGGCGGGGACGCUGGACUCGAUCGAGCCGCAGGAGCCUCUGCAGGUCCCUUUCAACAGGGCCGGCGUGUUGCGACCGAAGCAGCUGACCAAAAAUAUCACAGCCAUCUUCCGCAAGGCCGCCCGCGUCUACCUCUGUUCGCUCGUCCCGGAGCACAACCGCUACCAGACCGCGACCGUCAACCUGGUCUCGCAGAUGGCCGACCUGCUCCAGUUCAUACCAUCGGGCCCCAAUGGCUUUGACCGAUGUCUCGUCUGGCCCAUGCUCAUUUGCGGCGCCAACUCGAUCCCGGCCUCUCCGUUCCGCCGCGUCCUCUCGGAGCGGUGCGAAUCACUCGGCGAAGCCGCCGACCACGGAUCUUUUGGACGCAUGGUGCGCCUCUUGCACGAGGUCUGGAGGCGCAACGACGACGUGGUGGUCUCUGCCGGAGUUUGUGAAGCCACCCCCGUAACGGCCGGAAGCCCUGGAGGAUCGAUCUCGACGCCCAUUGCCGCCGCCGCCGCCGCCAUCGGAGCCGGAAACCCAGCAGGAGCCACUUCUUCUUCGACGACAACGACAACAGCAGUACCGAGGACCCAGAACGUCCACUGGCGGGACGUGAUGCAGCAAAACAAAUGGGAUUUUCUUCUGAUAUGA